CACGCACGCUGUUCCCACCGUUCCUCCGGCCAACACUACCGCCACGAGUUUGACUUUCUGCAUGGCGACGAGCAAGAUGGACACGCACAAGGCUGCCAUUCCGCGAAAUGCAUCACGCGCCGGGGCUCGACAGGCCCGUCGCGUGCCUUUGGCAUGCGAAACGUGUCGACAACGGAAGACCAAAUGCAGCGGCGACACGCCGGUUUGUCGCCAGUGCAAGGAGAUACGCAUCUCAUGUCACUAUCCGAUGUCGUGGCGAGAUCGGACUAACGCACGAAUAGGCCAUCUGUCCGAGCAGAUUGACAAUUACGAGACCCUGCUCAGGGAAAUUGGCGCCUACGUUGACGGUCGGGCUGCCGAUGAUAUCGAGAGCACGCUGAGAAAGUACGCCGUGGUCGAUGGGAACCAGUCACCUCUAUCCCAGCCCAAUGCUCCGGGGACCGAGAGGAACGACGAAGACAUCCCCAGCUCACCUUUGUCCGUCGGAUCACUCGAAGCUAAUGACUGUGUCGAAGAGGACUUGAACCGGUCGCCCAGCGCGCGUGCUACGGGGUACGUGGGCAAGAACUCGGAGAUCACCUGGCUGCAGACGGUGCAGAGAGAAUCCCGCGAGUACUCCCGGCCGUCGAACGAGCCCCCCGAAGACGAGGCGCGGUCGGAAACCUCGCUGCCGGCCGUGAAUUAUCAUCUGGACACGCUGGAUAUCUCCGUGCCGGGCCCCGUGCAAGUAUACCAGAUGCCGCCGCGACCGAUUGCAGACCGGCUGUUUGACGACUAUUUGGACACGGUGCACCCGUCCUUCCCCAUCAUCAACCGUUCCUUGUUCCGGUCGCAGUUCGAGAAGUUCUUCGGGGAUUCGGUGCGGCCGGGCGACAAGUGGCUGGCCAUCUUAAACCUCAUCUUUGCCAUCGCCGCCAAACAUGCUCACCUCACCCAGGCGCCCUGGCGGGGGGAAAAGGACGAUCAUCUGGUCUAUCUAACCCGGGCGCGCAUUCUCAGCAUGAACGGGGACACGCUCUUCAGCCACCCGGAGUUGCAGCAGGUCCAGGUCGAAGGGCUGACGGCCUUCUAUCUGCUCGCAUGCGAUCAAAUCAACAGAGCCUGGCGAAUUACCUCGCUGGCCAUUCGGUCCUCGGUCUCCCUGGGACUCAACUUGAGGGACGCCAGCGGAGCCACCGUGCCGGCGUCGAAGGAAGCGCGCUAUCGCGUCUGGUGGUGUCUGUAUGCCUUCGAGAACCUGCUGGGCGUCAUGACGGGCCGCACGACAUGCAUCCCCGAUGGCAUUAGUAAAACACCCUUCCCUCUGCCGCUUCCAGAGGAGCAGUUGUCGUCGCCGAUAGCCGCCCGUCUUUUGACCGACUACGAGUUUCAUCUGCAAUCCGUCGAGUCCUCCUUGGCCUUCCACGAACGGCAUCCUCUGGGAGGAAGGCAAUUGAGCGAGCAGGGGAACGAGGACAAACGGCUGUGGUUCCAGAGUCUGCCCCCCAGCGCAGCCCUAGGAUUCACGUAUUACGUGGAUCUGGCGGUGAUCAACCAGGGGACCGUCAAUCACGUCUACUCGCCGGACUGCUGUCUGAUCUCCUGGCGCGAUAUCGAACGCCGCAUCCGAAUCCAGAAAUCUCGAAUUGAUCUGUGGCAGGCCAAUCUUCCUCAUGAAUACAGUUUAACGCCCUCUGUUGACGCCCGUCCCGCGCUGAACCAGGGCGAGCUUUUUCUCGCCUUCCACCUUUACAGUUCCCGACUGACGCUGAGCCGUCCGUGUCUUUGUCGCCGGGACACGCAGAAGGAGGAAUCCUUCAGUCGCGAGAUGGCUCGCGUGGCGGUAGAUUCGGCGCGCGGAAUGCUGGACCUCCUCCCCGACGUCCCUGACGCCGGCUGGCUCUAUCAGACCUGUCCCUGGUGGUGUAUUCUGCACUACAUGAUGCAGUCGGCGGCGGUUCUUCUUCUCGAGCUUUCCUGGCGCUGCGUGCACAUGCCCGGAGCCGACAUGACAAUCCUGCAGUACUGCAAGAAAGCCGUCCGGUGGCUUUCCGGCAUGUCGGCUCACAGUCAUGCGUCUCGUCGCGGCUGGGAGCUGUGCGACCGUAGUCUUCGACGCAUCUCCCAGGGCAUGGAUUACGACGUCAGUGAUGUACCCCCGUUCCGCCAUGCGCCCUCGUCGCAUCUGCCAGCUGACCCUGCACCCCCAUCCAACGCCCCCGCGAGGCCCGAGCCUCAAGGGCCGGAAUUGUCGUCGUCGCCGCUGUCGACAUCGGACUUUCCGUUUGACCCCAUCACGGGCGAGUUCCUCCGCUCCUUUUUCCCCGGGGCGGAAGAGCCGGAGGACUGGGACUGCGUGUGAGGGCUGUACAUAAAGACAUCGAGUGUAUAUAGUAGAAGAUGUAGGUGAAG